UUCUCGUAAUGGUAGAGACAGUAUGCGUGUCAGAUGGACCAUGUGGGAUGGGUUCAUGAACACAAAGCGAAUAGAGUUGUUAUACAAAUAUGUUGGGAAGUGACUCCAUUUAUAUAUAUAUGUUGAACGUGUGGUAAAUUAUUCACUCCGUUCUUGCCAAAAUAUAUUUUUUCAGUUUUGUCAAUUAAUUCUCCUUUCUACACUUCAUAAUUUUCGGUGGUGCCCAUCAAUUGAAAUGAACACGGACCGGAAACGUCGAAAGGAUCGAGAUUUGCAAGACCUACCAGAAAAAGCUAAACGGUUUUUGGAAAAAUAUCCUGGCAUUGUGGCGGCGUGCAGGACGUUACAUUUAAAGGAGAGUAGGGAAAGUUCCGUGUCUUGUAGUACUGGGGAGGAUCAUGUCAUUUAUUUCCAGCCUUUCAUGGAGGAAGCGAUGAUAUUGGAGGGUAAGGUUGAGAUAUUAACGACCCACUGGGCUCAGGCCUUUCUUCAGUUUCCAUUAUCAAAGAUUGCUGAGGUACUUUGUUGCGCUAUAUUUUCGCGGGUAGAUUUAAUCCAAAGGGACAAAGUUGACAGGGUCGAUCAGUUACCAAGCAUUAAAAGGGUGGCCAUUCUGAGAGCAGCGAAAUGGAUGCUAACUAAAAAUCAGAAUCCUUGGUCCUAUGAACCAACUGAAUGGCCAAAUAAAGAAGAAACGGUUAUAAUUGAGUCAACUUUUCAGACAUUUAAGUCUGUUUAUCACGAGGAUCAAUAUGUCAGUUUGCCAACCAUUUUAAAGGUUGACAGAUCUAAUGCAAUAUCCAGUGAGUCCUCCAACUCUAAAGUUCAGCAAGGUUCCGUAACCAUGGUAACCGAGACGAAUGAUAGCCCGACAGUUAACCCGUUUGAUCCUAGCAGUGUGGACGACGCUAUGGAAAAAACAUUCCGUCAGCUUGACUAUAGUAAAACUUUUACCAGAAUAAUCCAGCUGGACAAAUUGGGUUUAAUCCCGUCCCUCGGAAAUUAUGCACAAACUGUGCAAGCACUCACAAAACUCACGAUCCCACAUAACACGGACUACUUUGUGGAUGCCGUUCAAUUUUCGGCGAAACGCUGGAAGGCAGCCAAACUGUGCGGGACAAGUAUUGAAAAAUGUGCGGUCAAACUUUUCGGUAAAUAUUGGCGUUUACAUUGCCUAAAUUCGGGAGGACAAUUAUUCAACUUUGAGGAUGUCUGCCCUGUUAAACGGUUAGCCAUUUAUCGUGCCGCAAAGUUUUUAACUGUACACACGACCGAUUUAAAUGUCACGUUUGACUCAGCCAUACCGGAACAUAACAUUUUCCCUACGGAACAAGAAAUCCAUCAAAUCUCGACUACCAUCACGCAAACUUAUUCUGGUCGCGAAGCCAUGCUGGAUCAUUCUUCUAUUAAAGAUGUAUAUCCCAAUUCUGAAAAAACUUGGAAACCAUCCGGUCACCUCAUCCCUCAGCGAAUGAUUGGAAAGGGAUCCUUUGGCUCUGUAUGGGCCGCCGAAGGACAGGAUAAACAAAUGUUUGCCAUCAAAGUAAUAACUCAAUUUAAGGAGCCACUAAUUUGCCAAAUCAAACAAGACACCCUGAUAAAUAACAUUUCCACUUAUUCAAAUCCGAACGUGGUCCGAUAUUACGAGUUCUGGACAGAACCCGGUGAAAAGAGUAUGCCUGGAGACGAGGCCACCUCUGCAUUGCUAUACAUGCAGGGGCUUGUUGCAUAAAGAUAAUAUUGACAAAAUGUCAUGACAAUUUCCAAAAUUGUCAUGAUUUCCGUUGCAUAUAAUUGACAUUGACAAUUGACAGCGACAGGAGAUUUUUGGCUGUCAUGACAUAAAAUUGUCAGAAUAAUUUCAAAGGUUUGUUGCAUAGAAUUUAACUUGACAAAAACUUGUAAAAUUGUCAGAAAAAUUCGACAGGACUAUUUUCCUCUGUCAAAUCUUAUUUCAUCGUUGUUACUCUUAAUAAAUUAAUGCAAAUCGUAUCUUUUUUAAACUGCAUUAUAUUACUUAAUUAAUGAGAAAUUUAUACUCUUAUUGGUUUAGUUGAUGCAUUUAAAAAAAAUCCAAUUUUAACCGGUGGGGGUCAUAUAGGUCGGGUAGGGUCAUUGAUGCAGAAUUCGAAAAAGUCGUAGAAGGCUGAAAUUUGGCACAAUGACCCCAAUGGAGGUAUAAAUUCGGAAUAUAGAGUAAAACUUCAACAUUUUAUGACUGAAGGGACUAUAGGGUGAUCCCCACCGAUUUUCAAAAAUUUUCUUAAAUAGCUGAAAUUUGGCACGAGAUCCCUAAAUUAGGGUUACGAUUGGUAAAAACCAAGUUUACCAGGGCGGUGGGAAAAAGUGCCCUUUUCCCAUUUUUACCAUCCACCCAAAAUAGGUGGGAAAUGGGAUAAAUGGGAAAAACUGGAAAAACGCUGUUUUUGGGGGUGAUUCAAAACAACUUUUUUAAAACUUAAUAUUUUCAAAACCCAAAUUUAUAGUCGUGUUCUCCAUUAAAUUCUGAGAAAAAAAGUGGGUAAUACGGUUGAAUUCGGAUAAUUUUAAAAAUUCACAUGUAUUCUUAUGAGAAAUCAGCAAAACAAUCAAAACUGUUCAAAAGUGGCCGUGUGCCGUGUCGUAUAUCAAAAUUUUCGGAAUUUCAUGGAGAUUACGAAUAUGCAAAAAUAUUCCGAAAAUACUAAUUAUUAAAGAAGUUAGGUUUUUUCAUAACUAAAUGCAUGGAAAGCUGAUUUUUCCCGUUUUGGACGGUAAAAACCACUUUUUCCCAUUUUCCACCUGUCCUGGGAAAAAAUAGUUUUGGACGGGAAAAACGAAACCCUAUAAUGUAAGAAUAUGAAGCUAAAUUCAAGAAUAUUUUUCUCAUAAGGCUCAAACAGUGCGAAACACUCUGAAUUUUGAAAUCAAUUUUGCAUACAUGAGAAAAUUAUUGACGAAAGUUUUGUCAAAAGUAGAGAAUACUCGUCCGAUAACGGAAGAAUGCUCUGAGAAGUAACUUACGUAUGCGAAUGAUGCAUAGUAAGAUUCUGGCCAAAGUGGAUAAUUCUAUAAUUAUAUUCACACAAUUUUCUUGUUGUCAAGGGAUAUGGUGACAGGUACCUGUCAAACUUUGACAGAGGUCAAAUUCUUGUCAAACUGUCAAUGAAUUUUAUAUGAAACAGCAAUAAAUUGUAAUUGUCGUUGUCGCCCUGUAAUUGUCGCCCUGUCAACUGUCAUUGUAACACUUUUAUGCAACAGGCCCCAGAUGGAAUUAUGCGAUGGUGAUCUUGCUCAAUUUUUAGGGAAGGAAAAGCAUCAGAUUAGUGUUCCACUUAAAGCGGAUAUUAUUCGACAAAUAUCUGCCGGGCUAGAUUAUCUACAUACGACGGUCCAAAUUAUCCACGGGGAUUUAAAACCUCUCAAUAUUUUCUAUACUAGAUUACAGGAGGACAGGGUAGUUUUUAAGAUUGGUGAUUUCGCUCUGUCUGGGAACUUUGGAUGCAGGGAUGACGUAGUGUCGGCACGUAACCUAGUGUCGACACCGCUAUACCGAGCCCCAGAAUUAGAGGUUGCAGGGGGACUGCAAAAUUACACUUUCGCUUCGGACAUUUAUUCUUUAGGGUUAAUAUUUUGCGAGGUAUUACACCACUUUGAGCGGGAUGAGAAACGAAGUAUAUUUCAUCAUAUAAAAUACGAUGGGGGACAAGGAGUUGAAUCUUAUUUGGCUGGUUUAUUUAAGGAGCUAAAUUUAAGUGAGGUGCAAUUGUCAGGUGGGUCGAUGGGUGGGAUCGACCAACUCUUGGUGAGAAUGCUAAGCCAAAUAAGUAAACUGAGGCCGACAUCUGGAGAGAUUGUAGCAGUCUUGGAAACCAGCGAUAAGUUGGAGGAGAAUGCCGCGAAAUUUAUGUAAAAAUGUACUACAAAAUAUAUUAUAUUGUACUUCAAUCUGCACAUGCGUAUUUAAUAAAAUUAUAUUGAGGUUGAA